GUCAAGGCACUUAUGGACUCCCUUGCCCCCAAAACUAAAGUCAAGCGUAACGGCACAUGGUCGGAAAUCGAAUCUUCAGAACUCGUUCCCGGUGACAUGAUCUCUUUCAAGAUCGGUGACAUUGUUCCUGCAGACUGUCGUUUGACGGAGGCCAUCAACGUCUCUAUUGACCAGGCUGCUCUUACGGGCGAGUCUCUUCCUCAGAGCAAGAAGCUGGGUGACCGGUGUUUCUCG